UCUGUAUACAACAAAAAUAUUUUUAGGCCGCGUACAGGUCGGCAGGUUAUUGAUAGUAACCACCACAUAUAUCUUAUUCUGCUAAAACAUAGAAGACCUACCUUUGGUGUUUUAAUAAGCUCCAUUGCGACAACGAUAUUGGAAACAAUUCAGCAAUAUACAAUGCACAGUUUACAACUACACGACAUUUCUCUGGAUGUUUUGACACAUAGAAAGCAACGCAACUGCCAUCUUGUCAGAUCCAGCCCCUACGAUCUCCGUUGUUUGUCCAGUAUUGCCACAUAUUGAUAAAAAUAUGCCUGUACAGUGCGUACUACGAUCUCAUUGAAGUGAGGAUAAGAUCACAUCGUUUUCGAAAGAAUGUGAUUAUGAAACUGUAGAGUUUGUCAUAGCUAAAUCAUUGUCAGUGAAGUGAAAUUCGUAGCAUUCAACAUGUAAGCGUCGCCUAUAUUUAAGUUGUUAGCCCGUGAGAAAGAAAUUGGAAUAACAGCAGAGGUACUAUACUUCUAACUUUCUAUUUAUGUUCGUAUCAGCUUUACAUAGUAUUUGAGUUCGAGUGGGAUGUGUGGUGAUAGUUAAAUGUUUUGUAAUUUUGUCAUGUGAGUUAACGUGUAUUAUUUUCUACAAAUCAGCCACCAGGAGAUGUCUCUUACCAUUCAGCAAAUUAUUCUCGACGCCAAACGACUAGCAAGUAGGCUAAAAGAACAUGAUUCUGCAGCUGACAACCUUAUUUCUCAAGCACAGUCCACCUUCAAUCAAGUGGAUGCCAUGAAACAGUACAAAGAAGAGGUUGCUGAAUUAAAUGAAGCAGCUGGACAGAAACCGCAUAGUGUUCUAGUAGCAAGUAUUCAACAAGAGAAUCGGCAUUUGAGGGAAUUACAACAAGAAAAUAGGGAACUUCGAGCUGCACUGGAAGAACAUCAAAAUGCAAUGGAACUAAUUAUGUCAAAGUAUCGCCAACAGGUUGCCCAGCUUAUUGAAAGCAGUAAAGUGCAAGCUAAUAACGUUCAUAGCAGCAAUUAUUCUCGGGUUAUAUGUGACCAGGCAGAUAAGAUAUGUGAAAUGGCUGCUGUCAUGGAAAAAGCUGCUGAAAUGGAUGAAAAACGUGCUCUAGAAGAACAGGAAUUAAUGAGCAGGUUAACUACAGAAAAUAAGGGGCUACGAGAUUUAUUGGAAAUAUCAGGUAAAUAUGGUUCCAUAAGGCAUUCACUACUUGGAAUUGAAGCAGAAGACAAAGAAAUACAAACAGAAUUGAAUGAACCACUUUCCUGACAAAAAAAGUAGACUGUUGAUGCUGUAGCACCAAUGAAAAUCUAUGAAAGACAAAUCAUGCAACCUCCACAUUUUGGUCAUCAUUAUAAUGUAAACUCCUUAUGUAGAUAUUUAGGAUAACAUUAUGACAGUGAUAACCAAAUUUGUAAUGUUGUGUAUACAUUCACUGUAACUUGUCUGCCACUGUUUCUCUCCAUGUGUUUGUGGCCAAUUUUGAUGAGAAUGUCUAUUUUGUAUGAACUAUAUCCUGAAUCCAUUAUGAAUCUCCUUCAGUACAAAUCUAGAAACUUGUACUGAUGAUCUUUACUGAUCCUGAAUGUGUCCAUAUGAAUCAGGAAAAAUGAUGUAUUUUGAUGAAACAAGCUCAUUUCUCUAGAAAGCAUUUUCCAACUUAGUUUUUUCAUCUUGAAAAUUAAUUUGAAAUAUAUGCAUAAUAGUUUAAAGGUAUGUAUAUUGAAUUAAUACAUCUCAGAGGAAACUUGGAUUUUUCACUAUAUUUACGUUGGGUAAACUCUUAAUAUAAACUAGUAACUUUUAUGGGUUUGGAUAUUUUGCAUAUCAAACUAGAGGAAUUGGUUUGGACAUUCACAUGUUCAAAUUCAAGAGAAUUGUCUUUGAGGAACCAGUAGCAGUGCAUUAUUGUACAAGUAUAUUGUGCAUAAAUUUGUAUUUUCUAUCGCCUUGGGGAUACUAAUUAUUUCUUGGAAUGCUGUAAUUUUUUUUUGUAGCAUUUGCUAAUCUCAUGACUAUGUUAUUGUCAUAGUAAGCACCCCAAGAUAAUUGUAAAAUACUGUUGUGUAUAUUUCAAACAGUCUUUUAAGUUGAACCAUUUUCACAAAGAUACUGUAGAGUCACGUCGUGUUAAUUUCUUGGAUGUGAAUUUUGAAUGUAAAUCUUGUUUAAUAGAAAUCCAUAGAAUUUAGAAUCGGUGUACAGCUGAUAAUUGUGCAAUAGCUUGCCCUUUCUGUUAUAAGGACCAAUUAUAUUCUUGUGUUCAAAGUGAUUCUAACGGUUUGUUUCAUAAUGUUGUUAUAAUAAUGUUAUCUUUACCAUGUGUACAGUAUUCCUUAAAUGUGAAAACUGGUCAAACUGUAUGUAAUUGUAAUGAAUAAUGUGCCAUUAUAAUUUAUCGAAGUGUUAACACAAGUACCAUGUGUACACUACUGUAGAAUUUGUAAUUUUUGUUUGUAUAAUUUACGAUCUUUGUAUUGAUAAUUUUAUUACAUCUUGUAUUUAGCUGUCAGAUUAUUUAUUUAAACAUCAUUAAGUCUCCAUUUUAACAAAUAGAAUCAAACAAAGUAGGUGUUAGGGAGAAAUGAUUUUCUGAAUGUACAUAUAUGAUCAAGUAAAACUGGAAAAAUAAAAUUCAGUUAUGACUUGCCAUUAAUUUUAAAUUCAACAUUUACUUCAUGUUACUUCCUUUAAUUAUUUCUCACAGGUUCUUAGGAAAGUAGUUUGAAAGACAAUGUUUCUUAGUAUUAUAUUGUCAGUGAUCUGCCACGGACGAAUAUAUAUUAGUCUUACAAGGAAUAAACAAGUUUUUAAUGUCGAAUAAUUUCCCAGCAUUUUUAAUAAUUUAGAUUUAUUGUUAAAAAGUGAAAAGAAUUUAAUUUCAACUGUUGAAAAGGGAUUUUAAUUGUAUUUCAUUGAGAUCCAUUCACUAGUAAAAUCAAACAAGAAGAAACUAUCCUCGUUAUCUUCAUUUGUAUUUAAGGAGGGAUUUUUUUAAAAUUUUAUUUACACCUAUUUUAUAUAUUUAAAUAAUCUCUAAAAUAC